GGAGGUGGAGCCCCUAUAAGCAGGGCAGCAAUGAAUGCUGGGUACUGCAGCGCUCUGCGAUCCUACGCCACUUGCACCAGGAGGAUGGCCCGGGCGUGUCGUGGUGACCUGGCCUACCACUCGGCUGUCCAAGGCAUCGAGGACCUGCUGAUCCAACACCGCUGUCCACGGGUGGGGCCGACGCCACAGCCCCGCCCCCUCCCUCAGGGCACGCUCUCUGCAGACGACUGCAUCUACGAGCGGGGCUUCCUGAGCAGAGAAGGUCGAACUCCUGAAUACGUGCACUGCGGCGUGUUUGGUGACCCUCAUGUCCGAACCUUCGACGACAACUUCCAGACCUGCGCCGUGCAGGGGGCGUGGCCUCUCAUAGAUAACGAGUUCCUAUACGUGCAGGCCACCAGCUCUCCAACAGGGGGCAGUGACCACAAGGUGCCGACUACCACGCUGACAAAGGUGAGUUGUUAUGAAAAUGCAUACGAAUAG